AUGUAUGUAGAUGAUGCGUUUGUAGGCGCUGACAAUGAGUCUGAGGCCAUUGAGAUUCGGAAUCAGCUGAUCAAGCUUCUGUCAUCAGCAUGUAUAGAGUUGGGUAAAUGGGCGUCAAACAGUUCGGCUAUCGUGGAGGAUAUCCAGGCGGAAAAGCAGAAAGAGUUCGCUGUCGAAUGGGAUGAGGCUAUUUCUGCAUUGGGCCUGAAAUGGACGCCUUCAGGCGACUCGUUUCGUUUCGAGGUUAAGGUUCCAGUUGCUCCUAAAAUUGUGUCAAAGAGAUCGAUUCUAUCACAGAUUUCGAAGUUGUUUGAUCUACUUGGUUGGCUAUCACCUGUAAUAGUCAGGGCCAAACUCAUGUUACAGGAUUUGUGGAUUAACGGUGUUGAUUGGGAUUCUCCUCUCACGGGGGAACUUCUAGAGCAGUGGCAAACGUUGAGGUCUGAUCUUCCUGACUUGGCUCAAUUGCGAAUUCCUCGUUGGUUUGGCUCUUCCUCACAAACAUCAUGGGAGGUGCAUAGAUUUUCUGACGCAUCGCAGAGGGCUUUCGUCGCUGCAGCGUAUAUGGUAAUAUCAGGGCAGAAAUCGGCGUUGAUUAUGUCCAAGACGAAAGUAGCUCCUAUUAAGACGGAGAGUUUGCCUCGAUUGGAGUUGUGUGGCUCGGUGGCGUUAGUUAGAUUGUUGAAGCACCUUUUAGAUGGACUUUUAUUGAAGCCUGUAUCAGUGCACUGCUGGACAGACUCCAAGGUAGUUUUAGAUGCGUUGAAGGGCCACCCAUCGAGAUGGCAGACUUUCGUGGCAAACAGAGUGAGUGAGGUGAUCACUACUCUGCCUGGGGUGCAAUGGCGUCAUGUUAAGUCCGAAGACAAUCCAGCCGCUUGCGCAACUCGAGGGUUUUCGUCGGAGCAGCUUCAGCAGUCUUCCCUGUGGUGGGAGGGACCUGAAUGGAUCAGGAAUGAUUGGAGGAAGGUAAUUGAUAGAUUUCCCGUGGAUGUUUCGCUAGAUGUAGUAAAUGCACAGGUUGCUGUUGAAAAGAAGGUUGACGAGAAUCAAGAAUCACAAUCGCUGUCUUAUUUGGAGAAGUUUUCGAGUUUUCCAAAGAUGUUGCGGAUUUUGGCUUGUGCUUACAGAUGGCGUUCGAAUGCGGUCAAGCCCAGAGGAAAUCGCUGCACUGGUCAUUUUACUGCUGAGGAGAUGGAGGCUGCUCGAGUCGGUCUGAUUCGUUAUGUGCAAAGUCAGCACUACGAGGAGGAAUUGCGGCGUCUCAGAAGGUUUUUCUCCGAGUUGGAGGCCGAUUACAGCAUUCGUUUCUGCAGUACGAUGAGAAGCACUCGAUUAUUCUGCCAGCGUCCAGUAUCAUAG